AUGGAGUUAUUAAACCUUUUACAAAUUAAUUCAAUUAAUUCAAUUGUUAAAACGAUAAUUAUUCAAAGAUUCAUUGACAUUGAUUAUAUACCAAAUGCGAUCAAGAUGCCCAACUUGGAAGUUUUAUUAUCUACAGAAAGUAUGGAUGAUCAGCUUUUAUGA